UAGUUGACUGUCAUAAAAAAAUAGUCAAUUUGAACAUCUUGUGUUAGCUGAUGUGAAAAAUUCAUUUAAUUGUUAUAUCUGAAUCAGUUCGUGUAUUGGUACAGAAGAAAAAUAUCGUUAUUUGUACCUAUAUACCAGUUUAGUGCGGUCCUAUAUAUCAUGGCAAACAUAACGAAAGCGAAGGAAGUACUUACGGAAGAGUUAAAAAUGCUCACCGAAGUAUCUAAGAUGUUUCCGUAUCCAGAGAAAGCUUUAGCAAGCUUACUAGACGUCAGAAAAUUUUCGGAAACCUGGUACCUGGUCUUUGGCAUUUACAGCGCAGUGUCUGGGACAUUUGCUACCAUCUUGAACUUCAUGCUAAUCGUCGUUUACGUACGAUUUUGCCGAUCGAAAGUGAGGGCAUCCGCUUACAACUUGAGUGUUCUGAAUCUCAUAUGCUCAGAUUUAUUGAUGUGUAUUGGGAGCUAUCCAGGGAUGGUGCAUUCUGCGUUCAACCAUGGAUGGGCACUUGGUACCGUCGUCUGUCAAGUCUGCGCAAUGGUUUCAAACACAGGCUCGCUUGCCCAAAUUGGCAUUCUUCUAGAAAUAGCGUUCGGAAGAUAUUAUUACAUGCAGAAGAUGUCAAAGUACAGAGCGAAGAAGUGCUACACCGUAUUUCGGUUAUCAGCAAUUUGGGUUACCGCGGGAAUACUUGCUGGCGCUGUCCCAUUACUUGGAUUUGGUUCAUUUGUACCGGACGCCAUGUUGAUCAGUUGUAGUUUUAACUACAGCAACGGCACCAAGGUGGAUAUGGCUUACUGCAUACUGCUGCUUCUAGUUGGGUACAUAGUUCCCAGUUUGGCUUUGUACCUUCUGUACCUUGGAGUAGUGUCGAACAACCGGACGAGCAUUGAAAAUCUGGGCGCACUUCGCGUGCAUGGGAGAAAGAGGUCUACACCAACAGCCAGAACGCGAAAAUUGACAACCACAGUGAUAAUAUGUGUCGUAGCGUUUAGUGUGUCUUGGACGCCAUACGCUGUCGGAGUUAUCAUAGGCCUUUUCCAAGCAAAAGUUUCCAGACUGUACAUGACUUUCGCAGUACUUCUGGCCAAGUUUUCAACGGGUAUGAACGCGGUUAUCUAUGCUUACCGCAGCUCUGUGUUUCGUCAACACCUCAAACAACACUUCGUUCGUCCGAAAUUAACAGCGCGAAGGUGCUGCACGAAAGACCGUAACAACCGGACUACCAACCAUAUAAACAUUGAACUUCAACAACGACAGACCGUAUAAACCUUGCCAGGAGCCACGUAUUAAGCAUCUGCCUACAAUAUAUUACUG